CUCCUGGUCUAAAAGUAUUACAUAAUACAUACACGUGACCAACUGUUCUGGUGCUCAGCGCGGGAGCUGUGCAGCACUCGCGGCUUAGUUGCUUCCUCCAUCAAAGCCAACCGAUCUCUGGAAUCAAGACGAACGAGUAUCGCCGCUUGAGACAGAAGAGACGCAACAGGAGGAUCAAUUACAUAGAUCUGCGCUAUUUUACUACUUAAACAUGGCAUCUACGGCUCCGCGGUCGGCGGACUAUGAUGCGUUGAUUGAUGUCGACGCCGAGGGUGGAAUGGAUCUGGGGGAGACUGAUUUGGAGUUUCAUGACUUUCACACUGGCGAUAACAUGCAGGGAAAGAUCCCCGCCGGACAAGCCGGCCGUUUCCCGCCUCCUUCUGCGAUUGAGAACGACCCCGCCCGUCCGGCGACGAUCUGGUCAGUCCGAUUUUACCAGCAGUUCUUCGACGUCGAGACCACUGAUGUCACCCAGCGAUGCCUCUAUGCUCUCUACCCCCGUGUGUCUUUCUUAGAAACGAUUGGCGACAACCCAGACCUGUACGGUCCGUUCUGGAUCGCUUCGACCGUGAUCGUUGUCCUUUUCUUUUCCUCCACUAUUGCUGGCGCUAUCGCAUCGCACGUCGCCGGCGUUCGGUACGAGUACAACUUUGGCUUGCUAUCCGCGGCCGCUGCGCUCAUGUACGGCUACACAUUCGCCGUCCCCGUCAUUCUCUGGGGUGUUCUCAAAUGGUACAAAUCAGAGCACGCCCGUCUCCUGGACUGCAUCGCCCUCUACGGCUACGCAAACACGAUCUGGGUCCCCGUCGCGCUCGUCUCGACCUCGCCCAUCGAGAUCUUCAACUUCCCGACCGUUUCCAACGUCGUCAGAUGGAUCUGCACUGCCGUCGGUUUCGCCGUGUCGACUUCGUUCCUGGUCAGGAAUCUGUAUCCCGCCCUUAUGAGCACAGAGGCUAAGACCUCGCGUAUUUUGUUGGUUGCUGUCGUUCUUGGACAUAUGAUCCUGGCGUUCGUCGUCAAGCUCGUCUUCUUUGCUUACUCGAUCGAUGACAACACUCCAAACUAAGAACUCAAACUACAAACUACAACUGAGGAAUGACGACUUCCGAUGCUAGACAAAGUUGUGGAUAUAUAUCCUCGAUUAGCUAAUAUUUUUCUAAUGCAAAUUUUUAUUUUUGGUCCACUGGA